AUGGGCAAUAUCUGGCUUCACUGUACUCCCCUCCCUAAGCAAUCUAUUAGGAGAAUUGAAGCCAUAUGUAGGAUUUUUCUGUGGUCUGGUUAUGAGAAAGUGUCUAGAAAAUCCCCCAUUGCUUGGAACUCUGUCUGUGCCCCAAAAAAUAAGGGUGGUCUCAAUAUUGUUAAUUUGCAGGUGUGGAGUAAAGCUUGCCUUUCUAGGUAUCCUUGGAACCUUAGUGGGAAAGAGGACAACUUAUGGAUAAGAUGGGUCCAUAGCUAUUACCUGAAAGGGCAAGGCAUAAUAAAUACUCCCAUAAGGAGUUAUGCUUCAUGGAUCCUGAAAUCCAUGCUCACCUUGAGAGAUGAAGUUUCUGGCUUACAUGUCUGGGAUAAUAUGAUUCUAUAG